AUGAUAUUACCGACAUUGUCAGAGCAAGCGUUACUGUUUUGCCGUGAUUUAUGUGCCCAUUUGAAAGCGGCAAACGACAGACUGCUUGCGUCAGUAACCCCUCAGCAUGCCCAUCGCUUGCUGAAUGUCUUCACAUCCGUCGCAAACAUCCAACAAAAAGUAGAUGGUAACACAUCGUCCACUCUACGCCAUUACGUUAAUGCGAUUGAAGCGGGUAUCCGUCUUUCACCACCGCUGUCCUCGGGAAAUAGGUUGACAUUCCGAGACAUCAUUCUUGCCAGCUGGUUUGCAUCAUUUGCAUUUUCCACACUACCGCCAUCGCCAGAACCGAAUAAUAUUCUGGACGCAAUCCAAGAUCAUGCUAGCACCAACCAUCUUCCACGUUUCGAAGCCACCAGCUUGGCGCUGGUGCACGCAGUCCAUGAUGCCAGUGACGAUUUCAUUAAUGCUAUGCUGGAUCCCACUACCGGAACAUUGCCGAAUGUGGUGCUAUUCCCAGACCAGGCGCAGAUGUUGUCGGCCGUCGUUUUCGCUUCCCCGCGUAUCACUUCUGAUAUGUGGGCUGUGCUUCACUCCAGUCAAUCAACAUACCAAGUGAAGACUGCAACCUCAUCAGCGUUACUCACCCUUGCACGGCGCAUCCAGGAGGGCGCAUCGAUCGCUGACCUCGGGCUUGAUAUUCCGCACUGUUCCAAGAAUGGGCUGAUUCUCCUGCUUCACUAUCUUGCGCUAUCAUUGUUUCCAAGUGCCUCUGCAUUCAAUGAUACUGGUGUCGUCCUGUGCAGCCUGAGCAGCAGUGCAGCCACCAAUACUCCACAAGUCGCAUCUGGAAGGGAUGUUGCCCGCCUUUACUACGAGAAAGGAUUGCAAAUCGAUUCCACGCAUCCUCAUCUACUUUCAAAUUUCGGCUCGUUGCUGAAAGACGCCGGCCAUCCUACCUACUGCAAUUGGGUGAUUUUCAACUACGCUCUGCAACUACACCCUGAAUUAGACAUUGCUCUUGUCAACAUGGCAAAUACCCUAAAGGAUAUGAAUCGUUCUGCAGAUGCAGUUCCUUAUUACAUCAAGGCUGUAACUAUCAAUCCGAGCCUGGUAGACGCCUACUGUGGAUUGAGCAUGUCGAUGAAUGCUAUCUGCAAUUGGACCGGCCGAGACCGUUGGUUGACGAGCGUAAUAACGAUAUGUGAAGAGCACCUUUCGGAACUUCAUCGCCAGAACAUUGGCGUCCUCGCCGAGAAGAGUGUUGAUGCCUGGCUUCUUAUCGUGGCGUUGGCUACAGCGAGACCACAAUGUGACCACAACUUAAGAAAAUGGGUUCACCGGUUUUGCCUUUUUGCAAAUGUUUCUGAUGGGCGACAACCUCUCCUUAACGAAGGAAGUUUCCUUGUGCGCCUUAUCGACUGGUACCGGACUAGGAUGCAACACCGACGUUACCUUGAAACCUACGGAGAAACACUCUACUGCGAAGAGGUGUCGGCUUCUGCACCGGAUGCAGCUCCUGCUGCGAGGCCGUUCGGCCUUGUCCUUUCCUCAGUGUCCUUACAGAGGGUUCCGACCUUACUCCCUUUUCAUACAUUCACGCUUCCAUUGCCCAGUCGUACCAUUCGACGCAUUGCACACCGAAAUGCCCUUCGUGCGUCACAUACUAUAAUGACACAGAUAUCGCCAGACAAAGUGCCACUGCCGCCGCCGCCUCCGUUAAACCGGUGCAUUAAUGUCGGUUAUGUGUCCAGCGACUUUAGUGACCAUCCCUUAAGCCAUCUGAUGAAAUCGGUUUUUCAGCUGCACAACCGGAACCGGUUCUGCAUUUUCCUCUAUGCGACGAGCCCGUCAGAUGGGUCGGUCUUCCGAAUGUACUUUGAGCAGGGCGACUUCAACUUUCUCGAUGUCUCUUCUUGGUCAAAUGUAGACAUCGUCAAUAGAAUCGAGGAGGAUCACAUACAUAUCCUUGUUGACCUGGGUGGGUAUACCAAGGGAGCGAGGAACGAAAUCUUCGCUGCAAGACCAAGUCCCAUUCAGGUCUCGUUAAUGGGUUAUGCUGGAACCCUAGCAGCCAGCUGGUGCGACUAUCUCGUGUGCGAUAGCAUCACAUGUCCUGUCGACCUAUUUGCACGGGUUCAAUCAUAUCGGAAGCGAAGCCAGAAUCAAUGCUGCCAGAACAGUGAUUUCGGUGUUGCAGUAGGAGAGGAGGGUGAUCCAGAAUCACCCUCUCCUGAUUGGAUCUACACGGAGUGUCCAAUAUAUAUGCCACACACAUAUUUUGUCACCGACCACAAACAGUCUUAUCGACACGAAGGUCUUUCGGUCGAGGAGCGUACUCGGACGCCAGCGAAAACACUCUGGAACGAUGAAAUCAAACGUAGGACGGACCUGAGACGAGCCUUGUUUCCUGAUUUACCCUUAGAUGUCAUCAUUUUCGCCAAUUUCAAUCAAGUACGUGCCCUGUUUAUGGACAUAUUUGCAACAUGGCUUCGCAUUUUAGCCCGUGUUCCACAUAGCAUUCUUUGGUUACUGCGAUUUCCUUCUGCUGGGGAAGCCCACCUAAUUCAAACUGCCAAGGCGUGGGCAAGCGACGAGAUAGCGUCACGCAUCAGAUUCACGGAUGUGACUGCGAAAGACCAUCACAUCUACCGAUGCCGAGUUCCGGAUCUUUUUCUUGACACGUCCGAAUGUAGCGCGCAUACUGUAGCAGCCGACGUGCUCUGGUCGAGCACGCCAUUGAUCGCUUGCGCCUGGCCGAGUCAUCGGCAUAAGAUGUCUUCUAGGGUAGCUGCGAGCUUGGCCAGUGCUACGGGGUUUGGCGAGUACAUGGUGGUGUCCAGUAGGGAAGAAUACGAAGAACGCGCGGUGGCCCUAGGGAACAGCAUGCAUUACACAGUGCAACCUAAUGGCGAUGUGGAAGCAAGUGGAGACCUGCUUGACUUGCGACGGUGUCUUUUCCUCAACAGAGAUACCAUGCCCUUGUUUGAUACGGAGCGAUGGACGAGGAACUUGGAGAAGGCGUAUCGGAUAGCUUGGAGGCGGUGGGUGGAUGGCUCCAUGUUUAGGAUGCGUGACGAUGGUUGUAUCUGGGUCAAGGACGAUGUCGAUGUUCCUAUCCGCUUGGACUGA